UCUCGCAUCGCGCCCGCCAGUUUGAAGAAUGGCUCGCGGACGCACUAGAGAACUUUCGCAUGCACCAAGAGGGGCUCAUCGGGCGCGUCCCCCGUCUUGUGCGCGACAUUACCCUGCGCGAGUUCGCAAAGUACGGUGGUGACAUCCAGUCGGCGCUCAAGGCGCUGCAGAGGGAGAGGCUCGGGGGCGAAGCGGAGGCUAUCGACAAAACGACGCGAAAACGGAAGUGGGUUGAGUCGCAGGAGGCAGAGGCGAAGGUUGCAGACGCGUUGGAGGCGGAAUCCCUGAAAGCUGCCAAGUCUGCUCGAAUGAUAGCGGCGACACCGAAGAAGAAGCUGGGCUUCCCGAACGCGCCUGGAACGUCUCAGCGUCCGCGAGUACCUUCUGUGAAAACACCGGGUGCUUCAAGGACUACGCAACGUAUUCCUCCCACCGCACCAUCACC